AUGCGGGCAUACACCUCAUCUACGGAGAAUGUGGGUGCAGCGUUAGUGUCACAGCUAGGCUUUAUCGAGAAAGAGCGACAAAAUCAAGCAGGGGCAUUAGAGUCCUUUUUGAAAAAAGGUGAACUUAACAAAGCAUCGUCACCCAUACCAGAAACCGAUGCUAUAGCUGAGAUUCCGCUUAAACCUCGAGAGGAAAAUACGUCCGAUUCCAAUAUAAUCUGUGAUCCUGGUGCUUCUAUUUCUGGGUCAAGCACUAUUGCACGUGAAGGCGCUAUUACAGGUGAAACUGCUAUUGCAGGUGAAGGUGCUAUUGCAGGUGAAGCUGCUAUUAUGUCCACCCAGUCACGUGGCCCAAUAGAUUAA